AACUUACCCCAUGGGAGAGCACAUAUCUAGACGAGCUCCAUGAACGAAGAAAUCGUGAAGCGUACGAGCAACAACUCAUGGAAGGGCAAGGAGCAAUGGUGGGUGAAGUUCAAAACCGUGAAGAUGAUGGUGCGCUUAAUUUUCUAAUCCUUGAAGACAAGGAAAGUCUUGAAGAGGAGGGGAAUGAUAUGGAAGUGGUCAUCAACCCCGGUGAGUCAGACGACGAGGAUGGCGAUGGCCUCGAUAUUUGGUUGGAGAACACGAUGGAGGAGCCGACAAGUCCAAUAUACCGACCAUCAUGCGUACGAGAUUGGCCAAAAGAGUGUGGUCCGCAAUCAAAGCUUAAGCCUAAGAAGCGCAAGACCAAACGAGCCCGAAGGAAACGCAAGUCGAAGACUAAGGAAUCAUACUGUUGGUGUAAACCUUGUACAAGGAAGAGACGAGCACGAAAGAAGGAGGCUAGAAGGCGCGGGUUGCGAUGGGAGAAAGAUGGAUGGUGGAUACCGGCCGAGGAUUGUGAGAGGUUGAAAGGUUGGGAUCCAUGGCCUGAACCAACGGUGACGAUCGCCGACGAAAAGGGCGACGGCGAUCGGCUCAUGGGCGAAUGGCGCGCAUCGGCCCAUGAUGCGCGCGGGUGGACGGAACAGGAUGAUGUGUGCGGGAACUCGGUGAGCGGGCAAGUCGCGGACGUCGACUGGGACGCAUUGGCGUUCGGUGGCGUAACGUCGGGGCGCGAUAGGCGCGCAUGUAAGCAGUCCGCUGGCAGAGGAGGUGCGUGCAACGCGGCAGGCGCACGGGGGUGCGCAGGAG